CAUGGAUGAAGUAAACAAUGUGCUCGAUAUUUCAAAGGAUGACAAGUUGUAUGGAGAUGUGAUAACUUUAUCUGAGUCGUCUGCUGAUGGAACAUUUCUACUCCAUCACUUCCUUUCGUUUUUCCUCAGCAGCAAUGUUGACAGAAAUGUUUGCUUUGUAUCACUUACACAGUCCUACGGUCACCACAAAUCAGUUUGUCAAAAACUUGGAAUAAAUUUAGCACAAAAAAUUGAAUCAUCUAACCUAAAGUUCUGUGACGUGAUGAAGGCCUUUGGGAAUCGAUUUCUGGAUAUACAUACUGAUGAUUGUGUGAACAGUUUAGAUUCUUUGCAGGGAAUCUAUGAGAUGAUCAAAGCUAACUAUUCAGAACUACAGAAUAAACAGGGCCAGCCACCAGUUGUGAUUGUUGAUAGCUUGAAUGUUUUACUCAGCCUUGGAUACCAAGUUAAAGAGAUCAGUGCAUUUAUUCAGUAUCUAUGUCAGCUAAUUUCAUCCCCAAAGUCAGAUUGCAGGGGUACUCUAGUUAUGUUUAUCAGUACGGAGGAAGAUGAAGAAGCAAAGCUUGUUUGGAAGACACUUUUGCACAUGAGCAACCUAGAUGUUCAUAUAUCUGGUCUUGAUAGUGGAUAUUGUAAAGAUGUACAUGGCAAGAUCGAAGUCAAGAGAAGAAAUUGUCUCAGAAAAAACAGCUCAAAAAGCAUGCAGUUUAAAGUUAAUGAUAAAUCUGUAACUUUCUUUGGCUCUGGAAUGUCCAAAGCUGUCCUUGGCUGAAUUAAGUAAAAAUAUCAGGAAAAACUUAAUAAAUAAACAUUUAACAAGUCUUUA